GGGCCUUGGUCCCGAAUAUGAAUCCUUGAUCACGGCUGUUUCUUACUUUCCCGGUGGUGCCACGCUUGAGAAUUUACGUCCGAUCUUGCUAGCACACGAACAACGAGUUAUUUAUCUCCGCUCCCAGGAACUUCCCCCAACUCAUCAAGCGUUUGUUGCACGUAAUGGACCUGCGGAUCGUGGUGGAACUCGCGGACAGGGAGGAGGCCGACAGCAAGGAUACCGCGGCCAACGAGCUGGCCGGGGUCGCGGCCAGAGGGGGAGGGGUCGUGGUCAAUUUCAGCAUCAAUUUGGUAAUUUUCCGCAUCACUAUGGCCCAACUUUUCCGCCCCAGGUGCAAGCUGCUCACGGCCAGCAGGUUACAUACGGCCAGCAGUCUUAUGGACCUCCACGUGGACCAGUUCAGGCUGCAAAUUCAGGUUUUCCAUCAAUGGACAAUCAUUUUUCCAAUCCACCACAUCCAGUUGUUUGCCAAAUUUGUUUUUCACCAGGUCAUUCUGCC